UUGCUGGCGGUCGAAGCGUUGAGACGUCUGUUCGCGGUUGAAAACACAACUUGAGCGCGAGUGAAGCGAACUCUUUUUGUUAACUUUUUUUUCACUUCCAACCACUCAUAGAUACUGAGAUGAUCUAAAUGCCCAAUUGCAUUUACGCCAAACCAUCGACAAUAAACCAAUUCUUGCAUAGUUGCCUCAUUUUCUUUGAGUGUGCCUGAGUCGCACAUUCCGUCCUGAAGAUGGCGCUGCGCCUGCGUCGCGACGUGCAGAAGGCCUCCUACUAUGUGUGGUUCCUGGGCGCCGAGGAGGCGAAGGGGCUGCGGGGCGCCCGCGUUAUCAACUCGGUCCUCCCCUAUUUGGUGGACAGGUCCCGCGGCCAGGAGCCGCUCAAGGUCACGCUGCAGGUCUCCCACAAGGGCAUCAAGAUCGUCCAGGGGGCCUCGAAGCAUCUGAUUCCACACAGUGCCAUAACCAGCUCCGUGCAGACGGACGACAUCGUCGCCUGCGUGCUGCUGCUCUACAACCCGGCCACCAAGUGCCCGCUCCACGUCCACGCCUACCGCUGCGACUCGGAGACGACGGCGGAGGCACUGCACCUCCAGCUGCAGAUCCUCAUCAACCGGCCCGACAACCAGAAGCGCUUCGAGGAGCUGGAGACCAGACUGGGAAUCCUGCCACCCAUCCCGAUGAACGGCAGCACGGAGAAGCACCGUCACGAGUCGAAUGGCAAGUCCUCGUCCUCGGGAGGCGGUGGAGGUGUAGGUGUAGGAGGAGGACCUGGAUCGCACCACCACCAGCUGCAGUCACAACAGUCGGGGGGAUACCAGGGUCGCCGGCACGAGACCUCGUCGCCCAAGCGGUUCAGCAGCUCCCUGGGCAGCGACACGGGCAACAGCACCCGCGAGUCGGAGUGCAGCGAGGAGCACGGCCUGGCCGGCGGAUCCUCGCCCGUCUCCCGCUCCCCGCCGCAUGGCAAGCAGCAGCAGCAGCAGUCCCAUUCCCAUGCCCAUUCCCACGCCCACGGACAUGGCCAUGGCCACCCACAUCCGCCACAUCCGCUGCACCAUCCGCCGCUGACCCCGCAGCAGAACAGCGACCUCUUCGACUCCCUGGCCGCCGAGCUGAGGGCCAAGCUGAACGGGAAUGGUCCGCCCCUGCUGCUCCCGCCGCGGGACUACGACACGGUGCACCGGUCCAAGGGCAACCUGACGGCCAUCGAGCUGAGGCGCUGCCGGAACGCCCUCAUUGUGGGCGGAUCUCCGAAGGGCCAGGGCCAGGGGGUGGCCAGCGCUGCGGGCGCAGCGGGAGCUGCCACCGCCAACGGCAAGCAGGUCUCCUCGCGCGGCUCCUCGGGCAUCGGAUCCGACCUGGCCCCCAGUCCCGAGCGACAGGAGCUCAACAGCUCCAGCGAUGACGAGCACUGGUCCAACGAGGCGGACAACUCGGUCAUUGCCCUGAAGCCGUCACAAAUCGCCCUGCCCCACCAUGGGCAGCUGAAGCGGAAGAGCGCCGUCCAACCGCCGGAGGAUAGCUACCUCCGGGACCUGCCCGCCAAACCAUAUCAGCCGCGUCCCAGUGAGAGGGAACUGGAGCGGGAAAGGGAAAGGGAGCGGGAGAGGGAGCGGGACAGGGAACGUGAGAGGGAGCGGGAGCGGGAACGGGAACGGGAUCGAGAACGUGACCGGGAACGAGAUCGCGAGCGUACCAAGACGCCAGCUUCCAUUUCGAACAAAUCCUGGAGCCGCGAGGAUGAGAUCAAGCCCAUCAUAAUGCGUCCGGCCGACUACGAUGCCAAGUUCAACCGGGUGAUGCAGCAGGAGCAGCAGCAGCAGCACUCCGGCCAGUCCGCCGGUAAUCAUCACCAGCCGGCCAAGCUGCGGGACACGGACAAGUACAACGAAAUCAACCGGCUGCUGAACAAGAAGUUGUCCCACGAACGGGAACGAAAGCCGCGUUCCCGGCUCGAGGAGAAUCCCGAUGACUUCGAGGACUCCGACCAGGGCAGCGAGUCCCACAUCCCACUGCAAUCCAUUCCACAGGGGCCGGCACCACCGCUGCACCAUCAUCACCGCAAGGAGAACCUCACCGACAAGCAAAAGUUCAUGGAGUACACCACCAAGAAGCAGCAGCUGCUCAAGAACUACGGCGCCGGCGAGGAUCAGGCGAGGUAUCGCCAACAACAGCGCUAUGUGGAGCCCACGGAUCACCUGCCCUUCGAGGGCGUGCCCCCUCCAUCUGGUGGCUCCUCCGCCGCCGGUCACAACAAAUACGCCGCCGUGCACAGGGGCACGGAUUUGGGUCAGAGGACCACGGAGCGCCGACAUGACAGGGAUUCGGGUGACCGGAUCGAGAGGGUCGAGCGGCGAAGGGAUCACGAGCAACGCGAACGGGAUCACUCCAGGGAACGCAAUCCCUACAGAGAGGCCGAGAGCCUGCCUUACAUCCAGAGCAUGGAGAAGAUGAUGAAGUCCACGGGCAUGCGCUAUGGCGAAGCUAAUCCCAAGACCAGGGACAGGGAGAGGGAGAGGGAAAGGGAGCGCGACUUCAGGGAGCCACCUCCCGCUCAGAACUCACAGCGGGAUCGCUUCCACGAUGCCAAGGACAAGUUCCGGGCGAUGGAGCAGCGUCCGGCGGUCCAACGCUAUCCGGACAUAGAUGAGCGCGACACGCCGCACAGGGACCACCGAGAUCCGUAUCGGUCGUCAUCCCGCAGGCGUCGCGCCUCCGUGGAGCCACCCAGCACCUAUGAGCAGUGGAGCGAGGAGGAGGAGUCGCCACCACCGGUGGUGGUGGUCAACGAAAAGCCGUCCCAACAGCGUGACCUAAACCGAUCCCGAGCUCGAUCCCGCGGCGAAUGGGAACCGGAGCCAGCACACCCGGCGCCCAGACAUCUGGAGAGGAGUGUACGCGAUAGGGAGCGGGAGAGGGACAGGGAUCGGGAUUACAAUCGGGAGCAGUCCCGGGAUCCCUAUCGCCAUGAGAGGGAGCGACCGGGCGGACGAGCCCACUCCCGGGAGUACCUGCAGAGUGUGGAGACGAAGAAUCCAUCGACGACGGGUUCGGGUCGCGGCCACUUGGAGCGCUAUCCCUCGCCCGCGGCCACGCCCAGCAGAUCCGGCGAUGUGGGCGGCGGCGGCGGAGGCGGCUCUUCCGGCGGAAACUCCGGCAAACCACUGGCCCAAAUGCCCAAGGGCUACAGGCACAGCUAUGCAGAGCCCGUCUUCGCCAGAAACGGAGGACGGGUGGGUCUGGCAGCAGUAAAUCCCUAUUGAGGAGGAUUCUUAUAGAGCAGGGCUGACCAGGAGCACCCUGACCAAAAGUUAAAACCGUGCAACGAAAUCCAAACUAAUCGAAUGGGAGGAAUUUAUAUAGGGUGUCGCAUAAGUCUCCAGGGAUCUUAAAAACUCGUUUCAAAAUUAAUAUAAAAUCAAUAUAUAAAUCUAGAACUAUUCAAAAACAUAAUAUUACAUUUAAAAUCAGUUUUUUACAUUCCCUUUCGCUAUUCGCUAAAUUAUGUAGAAGAAAUUGUGAAAGUAUUGGUAUUUUCUAAUUUUGUUUUGAUAUUCGUUAUAAGUCUUUAGAGAUUUCUGUGGCACUCGGUGUUAAAAGAUAUAAAAGAUAAAACAUUUAGGUUAAGAAAUAACAACAGUGGCAACUGCUUACGACGAACUCUCGAAAGAUUUCCGACCAGCCAGGUCAUUGUAAGCCCUUUGCUAACGAUCCCGUAUAAUCAAUAUACUCAAUUGCUAUAGCAAAGUUUGCCCUCUCACGCGAGAGAUAUUUAGAUACAAAUAUCCAUUCAUUCCGCCCCCGACUUAAAAACGCGCCUUAUAUGGGGGACGUUGGGGUUCCGAGAUCGGACCGAAAAAAAAGGCGCCAGCCCCUGUAAUUAUGUGCCUUCAGAGAGAGAAUUCGUGUUUUUAUUAUAUGCAUAAUACUGAUUUAGCCUACGAUUAUAUGUAUAUGAGUCUAAUGUUAUCUAAAAGCCAACGAAACAAGAAUCGGAUUGGAUUUACCUUUUUUUUUUGUUUUUUUGCUAUCUUAAGUUGCGCGGUUGGUUGGUGUUUCACCUUUUUUUGCUAUGCAGUUCACAUAUGUCAUGAUAUUUGAUAUCUGUAAGCAUAUAAUAUAGAUAAAUAUAUACUACAUAAACAUAUACAUAGCUGAUGUAUCUAUUGUUAUCAACUUGAUAUUUGCAUUAAUAAAGCGCUAGUAAAAAAUAUA